ACUGGUGAAAUUAUAUCUCCGUUUGAAUAAUAUAUUUCGCAUUUUAAUUUCGUGUCAAAGUAUUAUUUAAACAGAAAAUGUCUUUCAAUUGCUUUAUGCAUGAACGAAAUAUUUAUAAAAAUCGACCCGAUUUUGGCAAAAUAGCCAUAGAUUAUCCCGAAUUUAGUACGUAUGUCAUACCUGAUAAGAAAGGGAAAUUUCGGAUUGACUUUAACGAUCCAAAUGCUUUACGAAUGCUCACAAGAAUUCUUCUGAAAAAGGAUUUUGACUUGAAUGUUGAAAUUCCGGAUGGUUAUCUUAUACCAACUGUACCUCAAAGACUUAAUUACAUUCUUUGGAUCGAAGAUUUGUUGACAGUUCUUCCGAAAGAAAGAGAUACUGUUUCUGGCAUUGACAUUGGUACUGGACCCUGCGCUAUACUUUCUUUACUUGGUUCAAAGAAAAAUGGCUGGCAUUUCCUGUCAACUGAAACAGCUGAUGAAGCCAUGCUGCGGGCCAAGAAAAAUAUAGAAAAUAAUAAUCUUGAAUCACAUAUUAAAGUUUCAAAGGUAAAUAAAGGGACAGUUCUUCAUGAUGUAAUGAUUGGAAAUGAAGAAAACUUUGAUUUUUGUGUUUGCAAUCCUCCAUUCUUCGAAAACAAGGAUGAUAUCAGAAAAAAGACUCCCAGAAUGAAAGAAAAACUAGAAAUUUUUGCAAAAAAAGAAGAAAUUUUUGCUGAAGGAGGAGAAGUUUCAUUCAUAAAGCAGUUGUUGAAGGAUAGUCUAAUGCUUAAGGAUAGAAUCAGUUUGUAUUCAUCUAUGUUUGGAAAAAAGAAAAGCUUUAUAGAAAUUUUAAAAGAAUUGCAAAAUGUUGAAGGUGUUACAUAUACUAAAACUGAAUUUUGUCAAGGUAACACAAUAAGAUGGGGAAUCGCUUGGACUUUCUUAAAAGAUAUAAAUUUUGAAAAGAUUCAAAGACCAAAGCCAAAGAAGCCUAAAAAAUGUAAACCUCCUCUUGUCCAUUCAAUUACUAGAAGAUUGAAGGAUGGCAAAAUCCUGCCUUUGCAAAAAGUAUUAGAAGAUAUAAAGAGCAUUCUUCAUGAAUUACAGAUUUCAACAAAAAUCAUCAAAUCUGUGGGAAAUUAUGCAGAACUAGAAAUUUCUGCUAAUCAAAACACUUGGUCUCACCAACGUCGAAAAAGAAGAGAGCAGAUAAAAAGUGCUUCACAUGAAAUUGAUAAUAAAACUGAUUUGAGAGAUAAAAGUAAUUCAUGUACAUCUGUAAAUAAGUCUGAUUUAAAUGAAGCCAAGUCUUGUCUGUCAUUUCAAAUGAAAGAAGAACAAGGAAACAUACAAGAAACAAAAUCUGAAAAUGACUUUUCCAGUACAGUUUCUCUGGAUGAACAAAGCAAAAAUGAAGCAACUAAUUCAUCUGAAAGUGUACAGAAGUCUCAAAAACGAGAAAGAAGUGAAGAUGAACCUGAUGUAAAUAUUGGUCCAAAUAUGCUGCAGAAUCAAGAUAAUGAAUGCAUUCCUGAAAAAGAUCCUGAUAUUGAUGCAUCACCUGCUGCAAAAAAAAUGAAGAUUUCUGAUCCAACACUUUCUAAACAUAAAAGAAAAUCUGAAUUUGAUAGUUCACCAAAGAAAAAGAUAUGCUUGACAGAGGCACCUCAUCAAGUAGAGAAAAAUGUUGAUCAAGUAACUGCACAAACUAAUCAACCGGAUAGAACUUUUGAAACCAUGCCAUUAUUGUACUCUAUUCUUAAGUUAAGAAUAACCAAAGAUAAUAUUUUAUUGGCGAUGAACUGCCCUCCAGAGGGUAAUAGAGAAACAAUGCAUCAAGUAUUUCAGCUGUUUAAAAAUAAAUUCAUUUAAUGUUAAUAACAAAAUAUAUCAUUCAUUGUAUUUUCUGUCUGUAUAUGAACAAAAAAAGGUAUAUCAGAAAUCAGAAUUAAUUAGCAUUUGAUGCUACUCAGACCUUUUUUUUUUUGUUUUUUUGUUAUUUAUCCAGAUUUUUAAAUUUUAUACAUAUAAUUUAAAGUAGCUGAAGCUAAUUUUAAGAUAUUAUCCUAGUCUAUUUCAUUCAAACCUUUUUUAUGUAUAAAAUGUUUGGCAUAAAUGCAUUUUAUUAUGCAAAAUGCAAUGCUUUAUUUUAAUUUAGUUAAAGAAAAAUGAAAAUAGUAAAAAUGAAAAUACAUGAAGCAUAGCUACAACUCAUAGAUUUUCCAUUAUUAUGUCCAAAUUAUCCAUUAUGUGAUAGUAAAGUCUUUAGGCAUCUCUUUUUGCUUUAAUAUAGUUGUAAUAUUGCAA